GGCCUGCCAUGGAAGGGCAGUCAGGCCCUCUGGCCUGCGAGCCCCCCUUUUCCCAGAGGCUAUCCCCGCUUUCUGAAGGAGGUGGGCCUGAAGGUGAAGAGGAGCAGGAGGAGGCUCAGGAGGAGGACACAGAUGGGACGCAGCCAAGAGAAGAGCUGGGGGAAGACUCCCUGGAGCAGCUAGGACAAGCUUCUCCACGCCACUUGGGACGAUGCUGCCGCAGGCAGGGCGCUCUCACCCCUCGGGGUGCAGGCAGACCCUGCCAGAAAACUGAUGAGGAUGAGGGGGCUUCCCCGUGCCACCAAAUGCCGGUGGAGCUGCGGCCAUGCCGGCGGAAGCACCGGCUGUGCCUGAAGCCUGAGGCAAACCGCGCCCCUGCGUCCCCAGGACAUGGGGAGAGCACCGAAGAGCCAGGACCCUCCCGGGGGAAGAGGCUGCGGUUGAUCUGGGGCCGGACAGGUGACUUCAGACAGAGGGUAAUGGAGAACGGACUGGAGAAGUCACCGCGGAGCGGCGAGGAAGAGGAGGAGGAGAGAGGAUCUCGGUCCUGCUCCCCGGAGUUGCCCCUUUCUGCUGAUGCCCGUCCCAAGCCAGACUUUGUGCAGCUGAUCGACGAGCGUGGCAUCUACUCCACUGCCAAGCUGGUGCUGGGGAGCGCAGUGGGCGAGCUGGAGGAGGUGGCAGUGGGGCUGCCGGCCCACCCAAAGCGGGGAGCGAGUGGCAUCGGCGAACUGGAGAUCCGCGAGGUGAUUGUGGAUGAGAAACCCUUCCAGUGCAACGUCUGCGAGAAGGCCUUCAAGCGGGCCUGGGAGCUCUUCAGCCACGAGGUGGUACACAACGAGGAGCGUCCCUUCCGCUGCGACCUUUGCCAGGCCUCCUUCAAGCGCCACUCGGACUUCAAAAGCCACCGGUUGGUCCACACAGAGGAACGACCCUUCCGCUGCGAGCUCUGUGGCAAGCGCUUCAAGCGUUCCUCCAACCUCCAAGAACACCGGCGCAUCCACAGCGGUGAGCGUCCCUUCCGCUGCCCCCGCUGUGCCAAGAGCUUCAAGACCCCCUACGAGCUGCAGCGCCACGCUCUCACCCACUGCGCCGAGAAGCCCUUCAAGUGUGCUGACUGCGGGAAGGACUUCCCCACCUCCAACGCUCUCCUCCUCCACCAGCGCCAGCACUGUGACGACAAACCCCACGUCUGCGGGGUCUGCGGCAAGAAGUUCACCUACGGGCACAGCCUCAAGGUGCACGAGCGGGUGCACACGGGCGACCGCCCCUUCAUCUGCCCGCUCUGCGGCAAGGGCUUCAAGCAAUCCAAUGCCCUCUCCUCCCACGAGCGAGUGCACACCGGUGAGCGCCCUUUCGUCUGCAAAACCUGUGGGAAGGCCUUCAAGCAGUCGUCCUACCUGGUGAUCCAUGAGCGGGCACACACGGGAGAACGCCCUUACAAGUGCGAGGUGUGCGGGAAGGCCUUUGCCCGGCCCUCCUUGCUCCUCCAGCACCACCGUGUGCACAGCCAGGAGCGGCCCUAUAAGUGCAGCUUCUGCCACAAGUUCUUCAAGGACCUGGCCUACCUGGCCGUGCACGAGAAGGUGCACACAGGUGAGACCCCCUACAAGUGCAGCGUCUGCGACAAGGGCUUCGCUCACCCCUCCAACCUGCUGCAGCACCAGCGCGUGCACCGUGAUGGUUGA